GUUCGCUCAACUCUGGACCCGACGAAGCCUUCCGACAUGCGAGAGUGCAGCGUCUAGUCUUCUACACCGCACAUUGUGCAACAUUGCAUUGAAAAGAGCCAGCCAUCGAACCAACAGAACACAAUGCUUCCAGAGCACGAAAACGUGGGCACUGUGCUGCUUGACAUCGAAGGAACUGUCUGCCCUAUCUCGUUCGUCAAGGACACUCUGUUCCCUUACGCCUUGAAAGCACUUUCAAGCGUCAUCUACGAACGAUGGGACUCUGCAGACUUCAAGCCCUACCGUGAUGCCUUCCCGGCCGAGGCACAAGCAUCUCCCGAAGCCUUUGAAACUCACGUCAAGGACCUCACAGCACGCGACGUGAAGAUCGCCUAUCUCAAGAAUUUGCAAGGCUAUCUAUGGCAGGCCGGUUACGAGAACGGCGCCUAUUCUACUCCAUUGUUCGAGGAUGUGGUUCCUCAGCUUGAGCACUGGCACGACUCAUCCAAGCAGCUAGUCAUUUACUCCUCAGGCAGUAUCUUCGCUCAGAAGCUCCUGUUCGGGCACGUUCAAGAUCCGCUCGGUGGAGCGGAUGAGAAGCGUACACAAAACCUUCAGGGGUUGAUCGACGGCUGGUUCGAUACGACAAACGCUGGUCUGAAGCAUGAUGCUAGCAGUUACACCAAGAUCGCCGAGGAGUUGGGCAAGUCUGCUGACAGCGUUUUGUUCUUCAGUGACAACGUCAAGGAGGUCAAGGCUGCCAUUGAGGCAGGUAUGCAAGCCAUUGUUGUUGACAGACCGGGCAAUGCUCCUCUGAGUGACGAGGACAAGUCCCAGUACAAGGUCGUCACGUCGCUGAGGGACGUCAGUCUGUCAGCUGCACAGAUCGACUACAGGUUCUUCAAGCGAUAGGUAUCCCAAUCAAGUCUGUUUCCGCUGGCAAAUGGCCCACCAGUUGUCUCUGUCGUAGCCCGCUUCAACGAUUGUGCCACCAGCAAGCUCGAUGUUUUCUUCCAAUUCUCCCUUUCGAUACAGAUGAUAGUAGCGAUAAAAUGUCUUGUCACCAGCGGGCUCGAGGCUCGUGCCAGUCGUUGUCUGAGCCUGUUCGGGCGAGGGUUCUGGCUGGGCAGCAUCUCCUUUGUUUUGCAGCUUCUUGUCUUUCUUCUGCUUCUCCUUCUUCUCACGCAUAACCCAGGGCACCAUAGUGUCUUGCUGAUUCCCCUCGUCCCAUCCUCGUCUGCUGUCUUUCUGUUCC